UGUUGCGGUCCUUUUUGCGGCGUAAUUUAGUCGCGCGUUUCACAAAGCCAGAUAAUCCAGGAUGCCGAAAGUAAGUUCGCGGCCGGGGCCGCCCCGGAAGACCCAGAUGAACAAGGCGAAACACUCGAUGAACCCGGACCGGCCGGCCCAAGGCCUGAAAGGGGUCGCUAAACCGCGCACGAAGGCAACCAUCAAGCGGCUGCAGAUGUACCGGAACUUCAAGGCCAAGCGCAAUCGUGAUGGCAAGAUCCUGACGCCGGCCCCGUUCCAGGGUUGGGUUGCCAGUGGCACAGUGGCGCGAGUUGAACCGACUCCGAAAUGGUUCGCCAACUCGCGCGUCAUCUCGCAGAAAGCGCUGCAAAAGUUUCAGGACGAGAUGGGCAAAGCGGUGAAUGAUCCGUACAAAGUGAUCAUGAAGCCCACCAAUCUGCCCAUCACACUGCUGAACGAAACGGCACGCUACCAGCGGGUGCAUUUGCUCGAUACCGAGAGCUACGAUACGGUGUUCGGCAAGAAGAAGCUCCGGAAGCGCCCGUCGCUAAAGGUUCGUGAUCUGGAGGAUCUCACCCGGACAGCCGAGGAGUCGGCGGACCGGUACGAUGAGACGAAAGACCACGAUUUAGAACGCGACGACGGUGGUGUGCGAGAUGCGGUGCGCGAGUACAUCUUUGCCGCCGGCCAAAGCAAGCGCAUCUGGAACGAGCUCCACAAGGUGAUCGAUUCGGCGGACGUUUUGCUGCAGGUGCUGGAUGCCCGCGAUCCGAUGGGAACGCGCUCGAAGUACAUCGAAACCUUUCUGCGAAAGGAGAAACCGCACAAGCAUCUAUUCUUCAUUCUGAACAAAGUGGAUCUGGUGCCGAUCUGGGUGACACAGCGCUGGGUGGCGCUUCUGAGCAAAGAGUAUCCGACGAUCGCGUUUCACGCAUCGUUGACGCACCCGUUUGGCAAGGGUGCGCUGAUCAAUCUGUUGCGCCAGAUCGGGAAACUGCAUGUGGACAAAAAGCAGAUUAGCGUCGGAUUCAUCGGUUACCCGAACGUUGGCAAGUCGUCCGUCAUCAACGCGUUGCGGAGCAAGAAGGUGUGCAAAGUGGCACCGAUCGCCGGCGAAACGAAGGUUUGGCAGUACAUUACGCUGAUGAAGCGCAUCUUUCUGAUCGACUGCCCGGGGAUCGUGUAUCCGACUGCCGAAACCGACACGGAAAAGGUGCUGAAGGCCGUGGUGCGCGUCGAGUUGGUCAACAACCCGGAGGAUUACAUCGAAGAGGUGUUGCGGCGCAUCCGGAAGGAGUACGUCAUCAAGACGUACGGUAUUACUGAGUGGGAAGAUCAUGUGGACUUUCUCGAGCAGAUCGCCCGCAAAACGGGCAAACUGUUGAAGAAGGGCGAGCCGGAUGUGCAGACCGUGGCCAAAAUGAUACUAAACGAUUGGCAACGCGGGCGGCUGCCGUUCUACGUGGCGCCGGAAGGCUUCGAAGUACCGAAAUCGGUCUCCGAACGGCCGCCAACUGAAACAUCAGAGGGCGGCGAAGAACAAGCGAACGAAACGGUGCAAGCGGAAGACGAUCAGAAGAGUAGCUACUCGGGCGUGACGGCUACACCGACACUUCCCGAGUCUGUAAGGAAGGGCCGUGAACUGUUUCAGAUACAGGACUUCCGGAAGAUCAAGGUUAACCUUGAGUUCGAGAGCGAGGAUGUUCGGGAGAUCGAUAAGAUCGAUCUGGAGUUGCUGGAGAAGCUGAAGGAGGAGAAAAAGAAUGAGGCCAAGGCGAAGAAGGCCAACCGCAAGAAGAGCUCGGGCGGAGACGAUGGCGAUUCAUCCGGUAUCAGUGACUUCUACUCGGAAGACGAAUACGACGAAGAUGCGGGUCGCGUGGUGCAUCGCAGUGCCAGGGAAAAGGUUGGCGAUGGCUCAAAGAAACAGAAAAUGUCGCCGGCUGAGACAGAGGAACCGCAACCUGGCACUAGCAGCUCCACGGCCACUACCUCCAAACCGACCGUUAAGCUUACAUCGAGACAGAAGCGAGCAGUCGAACGUGCGGCGAAGCGGAAGAAGAUCGGCAGCAAUUUCUACGAAACGCACAACGUUAAGAAUCGCAAUCGAAACAAAAAGGCCGACACGGACGACUGAGUUAGUCAAGGGUGCUUUUAUCUUCUUUUUCCACUAGCUAUAAAUAUGAAGAUUGAAUAAUAAAUUCUGAUUG